UCUCAACCCUUGCAGACACUCUGUGACUCUCUUUCCAAGUACCACUUCCCUCCACCAUUGUAGCACUCUUGACAACGGUGUGUCUGGGUGUAAUUGUUUUCACCGACUACUGGUAAUCACCCGAGCCCUUAUUCUUACCCUCGAGCCCUUACGACAUCCCCCAGUCAUGUUAUGCUACUGCCACUGCCACCGCUGGGAGUGACUACGACCGACUCCUCUGUCACUCUUCCUUUACCACUUCAUCCACUCAGUUGACCUGACCAUGUCACCGCAAAUUCCUCCUGGUUCUCUCAUACAUUGACCUUCUCUCCUCCGGCCUGAAAUCGGGUGUGCUUACUUGCACAAACAAAACCACAUCACCAUGACCUUCCUUUGUCCUCUCUUCACCUAAGAUUCAGCUUUGUCCAACAUUGAUUGCCGCACCCCUCCUCCCCUCUCUCGACCGGGAGUGCCGCCGCAAUGUCUCUUCUCGACUUCUUUCGCAGGAUUCUGCGACACCUCGCCGCAAUGCUCCUCUUCCCCUCGACUCUCAAAGCCAUGCCACUUUCUCCAAAGUCUUCACAUCCCUCCGUCACCGUCACCGAGACCACAGACUCACUACAUUCCCUCGACUCGUUGAAAGAUGAAAUCAUGCGCCUCUUCAGACAACCAUGUACCAUGCGAAGAAUGAUGUCCAUGUCUUCGGCUCUCCGCAUUCAAUACAAAGCAAAAAUGCAGGACAGCCAGGCAUGUAUGCUGCCUUCUUUCUGUCACUCUCUGCCUACUGGUCAAGAAAAGGGAACCUUCAUCGCUCUCGAUGUCGGUGGAUCAACCUUUCGCAUUGCCCUUGUGGAAUUGCGUGGAAGACAUGCCGAAGACGGCAGUCCUAUGGUCAUCAAGCACAUCACAUCCUUUAAAAUCGAUGACUCUAUCCGCAGGCUACCUUCGACUCAAUUCUUUGACUGGAUGGCCAGCAAUAUUGACGGAAUAUUGCAGCUCGACAAAGACUUGUCUUCAUCAGACCAAAUCAUACCCAUGGGUCUUGCUUGGAGUUUUCCCGUCGAACAGACGAGUCACCGCGGUGGCAAAAUUCAGGGAAUGGGCAAGGGCUUUGCAUGCCAUGAAGACACACUGGGCAAGGAUUUAGGCCAACUUCUGGAAUCUGCCUGUACACGGCGACAUCUCAAAGUUCGCGUGGAUGCCAUACUCAACGACUCUUCUGCCACCCUUCUCUCACAGGCUUACAUCGACCCCGCCACCUCAAUGGGUUUGAUUCUCGGCACAGGAACCAACAUUGCCGCGUACCUUCCCGUCGCCGCUAUGGGAAGAUCCAAGUUUGGUUCUCGUGACCCAUCUUGGUUUCGCAAGGCUGAAAGAGUAAUCACCAACACCGAAGUGUCCAUGUUUGGAAAAUCAAUCUUACCAGAAACACGUUGGGACGAGAUCCUGAAUCAGCAACACCCCCUCCCGGAUUUCCAGCCUCUGGAAUACAUGGUCAGCGGUCGCUAUCUCGGAGAAAUAUUUCGAUUGAUCGUUGUCGAGGCUGUUGAGACUGGAGAGCUCUUCUCUGGUGUUCUACCCAAAUCACUCCGUCAAAGCUAUUCUCUGGACACUGAGUUGAUGGUCAGGAUUGAGGAGGACAGUUCACCUCACUUCGCACAAUCCGCCUCCUUACUCAAGUCUACUUUCCAGCUGCCAUGCUCGCCUUCUGAAAAGGAAAUGUCAUUCCUCAAAGUUGCCGCUGAGUCAAUAUCCUAUCGGGCGUCAGCGUAUAUGGCAGUGGCUGUGCACGCUCUGUGGGCGCUCCAGAAGGAUAGCGAUAUCAAACCCACCACAGCCCAGGGGACACCAAAGACGUCCGUCGCAUGUAACGGGAGCGUCAUUCUUCGGUAUCCUGGGUUCAAGGAUCGAUCUGAAGCCUUCAUAAAAGAGUUGAUUGAUAUGGGGUCUACCGGUCGACCAGAAUCUACUAUUGAAGAGAUUGUUCUCGAGCCCACAGAUGAAGCUGUCGUACUUGGGGCCGCGGUAGCGGUUGCCCUCGCAGAUGAUCCCUGAACAUUGCCAGUAUCUGCAUGGAUGAUGUACAUGAUACUCACAUGCCUGAGAUACACCUUACAUUAACUGUGAAGGCCCUCCCACGGUGACCCAAACAGUAGCAAGUACAAUCUGGGAAUGAUCACUCUAUGUCUACUACAUGGCUGGCACCAAGUUGCAAAACACCAAGUUGACGUAGGAUCUUGAAUGAUAUUCGAGAUCAAUGUGAGGACUCCAAUGACAAGACUGCGGGGGCAGACAGUGCGAGCAGGUGUGAGAUGGAGAACUGAUGUCUGUCCUACUAUCAAGCAUCGCCUAUGUCAGAGGAAAUGUCUCUAACUUGCAAAUAUGCCCGUCGAUUUGAUGAUGUGGCCAGCAAUUUGCACGUCAGGAGUGACCCAUUGGGAGCUGGAUGGAUUGAACGAUCUCCUCAAGCUCUCUCGCAGUUGGGUCACGAUGACAAUGCUCCUCUCGACGAGUGGACACUAUUUCCGUCUGCUCGGUAGCCACAGUCAGGUCACCUUCUUGAACCAAUGAUUUGAAUGGAUUAUGUAGAUGAAAGAUACCCAAGAAGGGAAAAGGAAUUUUGUGACAUAUCGCAACAUAUCGCGUGGUCAAUUACGUAUCUCUACGUCCCCACAUACCGAGUCCUAGGUCGACUCUAGAGUUUUUAUGUAUGCUGCAAUUGAUCACAGCCUCCUUUAUGGAGUAUCUGGAAUCACAUGUGCUGAAGGAGAGCCCAACUACCUAAGCAAGGGAAGUCAUGUACUUGUCUAUUGGUUGGGUUGUUAAUUACUACUUGUAUAAGGUACCUAAGGUAGGUACCUAUAUCAUUGACCCCUCGGCCAUCUUCACCCACUGCACCACCCUGAAUCAGCACCACUACCAUUACCGGUCCCGGUGCCGACGCCGACAAAACCCUCACCCACCCUUCCCCACCACCAAACUGGGUUUAGGUACUGCUACGGGUAUGGUGUCAUGGAUCCCCUCCCACACCAGUUUCUCCAAAUCCUACGCAGUCGUGGCAUUUUACAGCUUGGACGAUGGAGAAAGCAAACCUCAGGCGAUACAGAGGUGGG